AUAUGAGUAGGGCACAGUUUGAAUAUGAUGAAGUGGGUAAUACAUUUUAUUAUGUUAUCGUCUCAUUUUAUGCUCUUAUUUUAUUACCUUUAACGUAUUUUUUCUGGCCAUCUUCUAAAAAAGUCGGAUCAGAAAGUAAAGAGCGUUGUGGAUGUGAUGGUUGUGUUGAAAAAUUUCAAAUAGUAGAAUCAACAAGACCAUGGCGUCGAACAAAGAAGGCAGCAUCUUUUAUACUUCUAGUUAUUGCUUGGAUAGUUUUUUUUUAUAUUGUAUAUAAAGUAUCACAAAUUGAGCAAGAUUAUGCUGAAUAUGAUCCUUAUGCUAUACUUGGUAUUGAUCAGGGUGCAGAAAUUUCAAUUGUCAAGAAAAGGUAUCGUGAGUUAAGUAAAACUUUACAUCCUGAUAAAGGUGGAGAUCCGGUUCAGUUUGAUCGUGUUGCGAAAGCUUACCAAGCUUUGACUGAUGAAGAAAGUCGUGAAAAUUGGGAGAAAUAUGGAAAUCCCGACGGUCCAACUGCAACUACGUUCGGUAUUGCUUUACCCAAAUGGAUCGUUAGCAAAGAAUAUGGAGUAUGGGUAUUAGCGUUCUAUGGAUUUGUUUUAAUGAUUCUUCUGCCAUCGGCUGUAGGCCUUUGGUGGUAUAAUUCAAUUAAAUAUAGUGUUGAUCAGGUUUUAAUGGACACCACUCAAAUGUAUUAUUAUUUUUUUUACAAAACUCCGAAAAUGGAAAUAAAUCGAAUAUUGAUGGUUCUUGGUGGAUCGUUUGAAUUUUGGAAAACUUACAAUAAAGAUAUAAUUGAACGAGAGAGUGAUGAUAUAGAAUUGCCUCCUUUGAUAAAACAUUUCAAAAAUUUGGGUGAAAACAAAAAAGAGCAGCCAUUAUCGAAGCCAUAUUCAAUAAAAGCUCGAUUAUUUAUUCAUGCGCAUUUAUCACGUUUUGAUUUGCCUUCGCAGGCUAUGAAAGCUGAUAGCAAUUAUAUAAUCUCAAAAUGUAUAAUGUUAAUCAAUGAAAUGCUUUCAAUCAGUCAACAUCUAUAUUUCUAUGGGAAUCCAACGCGUUGUCCAUCUUUGGAUACGAUUGAAAACUUAAUGAAGUUGUUGCCGAUGAUUAAUCGAUUGAAAACGUGCGCUGAUUUGGCUAAUCUCAGCGAAUCAAAACGUAGACUUAUUUUACAGUCAUUAACUGAUGCGGAAUACAGGGAUGUAAUUUUCGUUUUGCAAUCGAUGCCAAAAUUGACCAUCGAACCUCAUUUUGAAGUGCAAGGAGAAGAUGAUGCUCAUGAGGUAACCGUCGGCUCUUUCGUUACACUUAAGGUUAAGUUAAAACGAACGCAUCUUCUUGAUCCAAACAGACGAUUAGAAGAAAUUCAAGAGCUUCCAGAUUUUCCAGAAUUAGAUGAUGAGGAAGAAAAUAAUGAGGAAAAAGAGAAUAUACCUAAGAGGAAAGUCUGGGAAAAACCGAAGAAAAAGCCUACGAAAGCGAAAGUUUCAAAAAAUCGUCCAUCUCAAAAAGCUAAAUUCAAGAAGUUUAUUCAAAAGAAUGAUGAAAAUGAAUCAAAAAAAGAAGAAGAAUUAAGGAAAAUUAAGAAAGAUGAUGAAGAAAUUGACGAAUCUAAUAAAGAGGAUGCAACAGAUACAGAAGACGAUGAUCGAGAUUUCGAUAGAAAAAGUAUAGCCAGUGAUAGAGAUUCGAAUGAUUCCGAUGGAGACGAUUGGGCUAACGAAAAUUUUGUCAAAAAGGAAUCAAUUUUGGAAAGCAAAAGUAAAAAAACUCAUCCGGUGCAUUGCCCAUUUUAUCCAAGUGAAAAAUUCGAAUGGUGGUGGCUCUUUUUGAUUGAUAAAAAGGUUCGCAAACUGGUAGUUCCAGCAGUACAUUGUACAACACUCGUUGAUGAACAAUCGAUUGAAAUAAAAUUUGGUGCACCACAGCAGAAAGGAAUAUAUUUUUAUACUCUAUUGGUGAAAUCCGAUUCUUAUGUGGAUUGCGACUAUUCUGUUGAUUUGAAGUUAGAAGUACAAAAAGCGCGAGAAGUGCCGUUAAUCAAAUACGAAGAUUCUGAAGAAGAAAAAGCUGAACAAACAUCGGAAGAAUAUACUGAAGCUUCUGAAUCGGAACAUGAUUAA